AUGGAAGCGGAGAACCACCUUAUCAAAAACCUACUUAUGUCGCUCGGCUUUUCCGCUGCCUUGGUUAAGCGUUACCUGCAGUUUGCCGACCAAAGUACCGUUGCGGAUCGUAAGGUGGCCAUACCAGCGGCGACGGGGCGGCCAGUGGAGGCGUACUCAGCAACCUCCUGCCAAUAUCCUUGCUCAAUGUCUUCGCAGGUGACGCCUAGCGUCCCUGCCAAGGAAAAAGACCAGAUUGAACAGCCUUCGUUAAAAGACAACCUGCAGCCAGCGAGUACCGUCCUCACGCAGCUUACACAGGAAUCCACAGAGGUGCAACAGAGGAGCACAACCUCAUCUCCAUUCAAGAAGAGCAUGACAGAGCAGCUCGCUUCGGAGCCUCGGCCACAUCAUCAAAAUGCUUUCAAUACGACCCCCUGUGUCGCCGCCGAGGAGUUGCUUGAUCAACAUAAUGCUCAGGGGAUAGAUAUGGAUGAACUCCGACGCAGAAUAUGCCCAGGAGUUAAGGAGACUGAGCUCGGUUGCUGCUGA